AUGACGUGGUUCCAAUCUUUUGCGGGCCUUUCUGGUGCCUCUGCUGUUAUUUGCGGCACAGCAACGCAGUACCAACUCGUGCACUCGAUUGCACUGCUGUAUGUAUCGUCGCAUGUUCCGUUGAACGGUGCUGCGCUCGUGGCAAGCUACGCAUUUGCCACGGGCAUGACGCUCUUUAGCGGCUCGAUCUAUGCCUUGUGCCUGUUGCCGCAAGGACACGGUGCGCGCAAAGUGCUGGGCCCUUCCACGCCCAUUGGCGGUCUCUGUAUGAUUGCCGGCUGGCUCGCUCUCGCUUACGCGCGCCGUCCUGGCCGUCUCCUGUAG